UUUUUAGACUACUAAUGAACCUCUUCUAACAAAACUCAAUCAAAAUGUAUCUAUACAUAAACCCAAUCGCCAACAGCCAACGGAUAAGAUAUAAACGAGCUCCUACAAUAUAAUACAAUUGAAUUCCCGUUUCUAUUUUGCUGCAAUUUGGAAAAACCACCGCGUAAGUAGAGCGAGCGAGUAGAAGAAAUGGGUUCGGCGGCAACAAUGUCAAUGGCGAUGACGGCACUCUGUUUCACCAAAUCAAACAAACUCACUUCUUCCUUUCGCACUCUCCCUCGCUUCACUUGUUCUUCUUCUCCCUUCAAAUUCAACAUCUCCUUCUCUCCCUCUAAACCCAAACCCAACCCUAAGCCCGAGCCCCAAACCGAAAGUCCGAACCAGUUCCCCGACGACAACGAAGGUCAACUCAUUAUCCCGUGGAUCGUUCGUGGCGAAGAUGGCAAUUUCAAGCUUCUAUCGGAACCACCUCCUAGCUUUCUCAAAGCCAUGGCCAACGACAAAACGGGAACAAAAAAAUCAGACAAAAACCAAACUACCAAAAACAAGAAGAAGAGUGAAAAUGAAACAAAGGUUCGUGCCACGGCACCGCCGCAGUAUUCGAAAGCGGCACGGAGGUUCUACAAUGAAAAUUUUAAGGAUUCCGGUACGCGCCUCAGCAAGGUUCUCGCCGCCUCUGGAGUUGCGUCCAGGAGAAGCUGUGAAGACCUUAUUUUUGAAGGCAAGGUUACCGUUAACGGUUCUGUCUGCAAUACACCUCAGACUAGAGUGGAUCCUGCAAAGGAUGUUAUCUACGUUAAUGGAAGCCGCCUUCCUAAGAGGCAGCCUCACAAAGUUUAUCUUGCCUUAAACAAACCAAAAGGGUACAUAUGCUCAUCUGGGGAGAAGGAGUCUAAAUCUGUAUUAAGUCUAUUUGAUGAUUUUUUGAGCAGUUGGGAUAAAAAGCAUCCAGGAGUACCCAUGCCACGACUAUUUACGGUAGGGCGUCUUGAUGUUGCUACUACUGGGCUACUUAUUGUAACCAAUGAUGGAGAUUUCGCUCAAAGACUUUCACAUCCUUCAUCUAAUUUUUCAAAAGAAUACAUUGCAACAGUUAAUGGUCUAGUUCAUAAGAGGCACUUAACGGCCAUAAGUGAGGGAACAACAAUUGAGGGUGUCCAUUGUGUACCUGAUAGUGUGGAGUUACUCCCAAGUAUGCCAGAUGCGCAAAGAGCUCGACUUCGUAUUGUGGUUCAUGAUGGAAGGAAGCAUGAAGUUCGUGAACUUGUUAAAAAUGCUGGACUUGAGAUUCAUUCAUUAAAGCGAGUUCGCAUCGGUGGUUUUAGACUUCCACCAGACCUUGGGCUAGGGAAGUACAUUGAGCUAAAUCCAACGAAACUGAAAGCAUUGGGUGGAAGAGUUAACAACAAAGUUAAUUCUUAAUUGUUGGAACUGUAAAUCUUCCUCAUGCUUAUUCAGAUUUCAACAGCUCUGAAGCUAUUAUUAUGGUAGAGUUGGCCACUGCUUGUUUGAUUUGAACCGUUGGAUUCUGAUACCUGGAACAUUACCUAGGAAAGUAUUUAGAAAGAGCCACGGAGCACACAACUUUCUGGAGUGUUUGACAUCAAGCCAAAUUGAGGCUCUCACAAUCAAACAUGAAACAUAGCUUCAUAGUUUAGAAGAACUGGGCAAACAUUCUAAACUAUGCUAGGAAGCGGUAUGACCUUUUCCUAUGAUCAUGAGGUUGGGGAUAUUGCUAGUAGUUUUAUUGAAUGUACGUAUUGUAAAUGGUGAUGAUGUGCCUGUAUACUUAAUGAUGUUAGUUUAGGAACUUAUAAUGUAUACAAGUGGUGUAUCAUCAUACAUUUUAAAAUAAACUUGCAGCAUAGCCUUUUAACCACCCUCACCAUUUGUGACCUUCAUUUCACUCUCUCUACCCAAACCAACAAUGACUCCUCUCUGUACAAUAUCAAAAUUGUUAUAUCCUCAUAAUAGUAUAUAUAAUGCUUUCAGAGGAAGUAUAUGUACCGAGUAAAAUACACUUUUGUUACUAUGUCAAUACAUAGUAUUUUCAUGAUUGGUGUGUUAA